AUGUAUUAUUUUAAUACAAAUAAUUAUGAUUAUGCUGUUAGUGAUUUUACACAAUUAUUAAAACGACAAUCAGAUCAUGUUACAGCACGUCUUUAUCGUGGUGUUUCAUAUUAUUAUUUAGAAUAUUAUCAAUUAGCUUUAGCAGAUUUUUCUACAACACUUCAUUAUGAUCCAUCUAAUUGGCAAGCUUAUUAUCAUCAUUUUAGUAUCUCAUUAUUAAUUAAUCCUGAAUAUGAAAAUGUUGGUGCAAAUCUUCAUCAUGCAUUUAUUUAUUGUCAACAAAAUCAAUUUGAUGCAGCUAUUGCAGAUUAUGAAACUGUAUUAAUAUUAGAUCGUGAACAUGCAUCAGCAUUAUGUAAUUUAGCUAUUAUUUAUAUGAGAACAAAUGUACAAAAAGCUUUACAAUUAUUUUCAAGAGCAAUUGAAGCUGAACCAACAUAUGUUCGAGCUUAG